AUGUCAAAAGAACAAGAAACCAUUGCACUCAUUGGCUUGGGAACCAUUGGUCUCUCUUUUGCCGCGCUACAUCUUCGCUAUUCAAAUGCCAACCUAAGACUGUACGACGUCCGCAACGAUCUGCAGCAACACAUUGAAAACCUCUUACCAGUGUACCUCGAAUCAACUAAGAAAGAAGGCAGCAGCACUGAACUAUCUGUCAAACAACUGCUGUCUGAUAGUCGAAUUGUGAUAUGUUCUUCCCUGGAAGAAGCUUGCUCAAACGCGACGAUAGUUCAGGAGCAAGGACCCGACAACGUUGACUUUAAGAAAUCGACUUGGGCUCAAGUCAUUGAAUUCGCUCCGUCUAUUGCACAUCUAUGGAGCUCAACAUCUGGCAUACAGGCUUCGAAGCAGGUGGAAGACCUUGAAGACAAGUCAAGACUACUCGUGGUUCAUCCUUUCAAUCCACCUCAUAUAAUGCCACUGAUCGAAGUCGUCCCUUCGCCGCACACAGCACCUGAAAGAACACAGUUUGCAAUCGACUAUUUCAAAAAUCUAGGCUCAGGUCACCGUCCCGUGAGGAUUAACAAAGAAACCCAAGGCUUCGUCGGCAACCGUCUAGCGUUUGCUCUUUUCCGCGAGGCAUGCCACUUAGUCUCCAACGACGUCGUCUCUGUCCAAGAUUUGGACACUAUCGUCGAAGCUAGCAUAGCGCCGCGAUGGGCUGUAGCUGGCCCUUUCAACACUUACAACAGCGCAGGCGGAACAGGCGGUAUCGCGGCAUUUUUGCAUAAUUUGGCUGAUACUAUGGAAGCGUGCUGGGAUGAUGGAGGCAAAAUCAGUCUGAAGGGAACGUCUGUUACCAAAUCGAGUAAUGAUGGAGACGGGAACGAGGAUUGGACAGAUAAGAUUUCGAAGGAAACGGAAGAGGUUUACGGACGACCAACUGCGGAAUCGCUAGCAAGGCGUGAUCGCAAUUUACAAAAUAUUAUAACAGCUCAGCCUAACGAGGCUUAG